GAUUCAUUCAUUCCCGAGCUGUAUAAUAUAUCCUGAAACCGAAAGGCUUAAAUGUGAAGGGACAUUCUUGCAGAUCUGAAAAUCCUCGCGUUUCCAAUGAAAAAGAUGGAAUAUGACCAAUAAAAGAAAGUACUAGAGAAUUUGACCAGCUGUAUAUCUUCUGAUUAUUAAAGACCCAGGCAAAAGAAAUUCAAGGAUAUGGGAUGCUUUGUAUCUACGCCGAAGGACACAGGUGGAAACAGGAAGAGACCAUCAAACAUCGGGGAGGUCUCUGUAUUUGUCCCAGGUUUAAGGAUUCCUAAAACGGUGGAUUUCUCCCAGGCACUAGGCGAUCACUUGUCUAAAAGUUUAGUGGAACGCCUUUCCGCUCUUAGAACCAGAAUUGUAGUUAUGGCAGCACAAGAAGCUCCGACUAUUACAAGAACAAGACGGAGAACUGCUACUCAACAUGGAGGUUCAACUCUGGGAGAUCUUCUUCAGGCUCUUGAAGAUUAUUUGCCCGUACUUUUGGGUUUGGUUAAAGAUGGGAGCCCAUUGCAACACAAAGUACAGUUUGUUUGGUUUAAUCAGGAGGACGAAGCAGAGGAAACGGCAGUAUAUAGUGCUUGGUAUGAAGUAUUAUCAGUUUUGCACUUGAUGGCAAUGCUAUCAUUAUCCCAAGCUAACCUGUUGCUUCUUCCUAGAACAUCUGCUGAUGGUUGUCAGCCAAAGAUAUCAGAAGAGAGCAGGCGAUCUGCUAUCGAUAUUUUCCUUAAGGCAGCUGGUUACCUUGACUGCUCAGUCCGUCAUGUUCUCCCACAAUUUCCUUCAGAAUUCAGGAGAAAUCUACCGGUGGACCUUGCAGAAGGUGUUCUACGAGCACUUUGCCUCCAUGCAUUAGGCCAGGGUGUUGAUAUUCAGCUUGGACUAGCAAUUGAUAGUACAAAGGCCACUUUAGCUGUGAAACGAAGACUUGCAUGUGAGAUGGUGAAAUAUUGGCAGCAGGCUCAAGAUAACCUCAUGAACCUACCAUUGGCAAAUGGUUGGGGAGAAAAACAUAGGCUCUUCGUGAAGUGGAAAUAUAUUGAAGCUAAGGCUGCAGCAUAUUACUAUCACGGUCUGAUUCUUGAUGAGGGAAACACAGAAAAGUCUCACGGAAUGGCCGUAGCUGCUCUGCAAGCAGCAGACGAGUAUCUCAAAGAAAGCAAGAAGGCCUGUGAAGCUUUUAAUGCGUCUGUUCCUGUCUCUAGGUAA